AGCUGAUAUAAGGACAAGAGCCCGCAGGAGAGAGGUCUCCAUUCUGGACUCGGGGACACCAUCUCUGACUCCAGGAAGCAAGCGUGCUGCGGAGGACAGACGCCGGAAAAGGUUUCAGUCAAAGGCCGAGAAGAUGAAUUUCCUGACAAAUUUGGAACUGAACUUUGCUGAGUAUAUAUUAGAUGGAGGAAAAGCCACCAUGGGGGUUAGGCAAAGGGUGGAAAUGGACGCCACACAAAGGAUGAGACAGAAUGAAACCAUCUCCCAAGCAGUGUGCGCUCUGCUCAACUCCGGCGGCGGAGUGGUCAGGGUUGAGAUUGAGAACGGAGACUAUAAUUUUGAGAGGGAUGGAGUAGGCCUGGACCUGCCACCAUUGUUCCGAAACCAUUUAGACCAGAUGGUGCAUGGAAGAUUCUUUUUAAUCUAUGUGAGUUCGUGGACUGUGGAAGACUCAGGAGUGCGGCUCGCUACCCUGUGUUCCAAUUUGUACCGCAGAUGUGGAAACUUUACUGAGGUCAUGGACCCUCCAGAAGCUCUGACAUUCCUCAGAAAUGUCCAGGUUCUUAGGGGUCUUGGUGAUUCCGACUUUCUAAGUCUACAGGAACCUCCUGUUGAUGAUGCUCAGACGGUCUUAGCUUCUGAUGUGUUUAAUAGCCAGCAGCUCCAGUACCUGGAAAAACUCAACUUUACAGAGUCCCUACACGUUGAAUUUCAAAUGUUCUCGGCAGACCUUUCACAGGGCAUUCGAGAGAGACUCCCCAAGUGUGUUUCUGCGUUGGCCAAUUCUGAAGGGGGCUAUGUGUUUUUUGGUGUUCAUGAAACCGGUCAAGUUAUUGGAUGUGAAAAGGAAAAACUAAAUUGUUCCAACUUGUUGACUACUAUUGAUGCCUGUAUCAGGAGGAUGCCUGUCUAUCACUUCUGUGCACAUAACCACAAAGUGCAAUAUACCCACAAAUUCCUUGAGGUGUACGAUAAGAAGGCCCUCCAUGGGUAUGUCUGUGCAAUCAAGGUAGAACGAUUCUGCUGUGUAGCGUUUGCCAAAGCGCCUGAUUCCUGGGAGGUAAAGGACAAUGUUAUGAAGCCGCUGACUGCAAAGGACUGGACCUCUUGGAUGACAGAAACCAACCCAGAGCUUUUCAGUUUCCCUCAGAUGAUCACCAGGAUGAAUAUGUUAAACACCACACCCCGCAGCAGGACUGUGUUCAGUCAUAAAUAUUUGAAAUGUGUGGAGGACCUACAGAAGGAUUACUUUUCAGUGUUACCUAACAGGAUUACAUAUACUCCAGAGAGCGUCUACAAGGACCUCUUCUCAGACUACAGAGGACUAAGAAACUUAAUAAGUGCGGAAAUGCGCUGUUUCUCUCAAGGGAUAUUGAUCUUCUCCCACAGCUGGGCUGUGGACCUAGGUCUUCAGAGGGAGCGAGAUGUCAUCUGUGAUGCUCUUCUAAUUUCCCCAAACAACGUCCCAAUCCUGUACACCAUUUGCAACAAGUGGGAUCUGCGGAACAGGCAGUAUUCCAUGACAGUCGCCUGUACCCUGAAGCAGAGGCUGGUGAACAUGGGUGGCUACACUGGAAGAUUAGGCAUCAUUCCCUUGGUCUUCCCACUGGGUGCUGACCAAAGAGUAAGGGAUGAUUUAGAAAUGCCGGUGUACCCCGAAUCCUACAACUUCAUAACCAUGGAGCAGGUGGAAACUCUGUUGCAGUCUCUUGUGAUCGUCUUGUUCGGGUUCAGACCCUUGUUAAAUGAGGAGUUAAACUCUGAGUCUGAGACCGUGGCCCUACUCACAGAGCAACAGCAUAAGUUGCUUUCAAUGAAUCUGACUAAGCACAGAGAGCUCUUUGUUCAUGGUUUACCUGGGUCAGGGAAGACCACUCUAGCUCUCAUGACCCUGGAGAAGAUCAAGAACGUGUUCAACUGUCAAGAUGAAGAUAUUCUUUACAUCUGUGAGAACCAGUCUUUGAAGAAAUUUGUGAGCAGGAAAAUCGUUUGCCAGGCAGUGACACGGAAAGCCUUCAUGAAAAACACCUAUGACAACGUGCAACAUAUCAUCGUGGACGAAGCUCAGAAUUUCCGAACCGAAGAAGGGAACUGGUACGCCAAGGCGAAAGCCAUCGUUCAGAGACGGAGAGAUGGCCCAGGAGUUCUCUACAUUUUUCUGGAUUACUUUCAGAUCAAUCACUUGGGCUGCAGUGGCCUCCCUGAGCUCCAAAACCAGAAGCCAAUGUUGAAGCUCACCAGGAUGCUCCGCAGUGGAGACAGGAUAGCCAACUACCUUCAAGAUAUAAUGCAUCUAAUCCAAGAUAAACCUCCCCCGAAUGUCCCCAGAGACGCCCUGAGGAUGGGUGAAGAACCCGAAGGCCGUCCAAAUGACACAGGCAGUUUAGAGAUAACUGAUGUCCUCAAUUUGGAGCAGAUGGCAAACUAUGUAGCCGAGAAAUGCCAGGGUCUCUGGAGGACUGGCUAUUACCCCGAGGAUGUUGCUGUUCUUUUCACUAAUGUCAGAGAUAUAGAAAAAUGUAGAGAAAGGCUUCUGCUAGCGAUGAGGAAGAGGACCAUGUCUCAGCUUGGUGAGGAGUCCAGUUUACUAGUGCAGGUCAGGGAGGGGUUGGAUAGUCUGGGGAAUCACAUUGUGUUGGAUAGUGUCCAGCGAUUUUCAGGCAUGGAAAGAAGUAUAGUGUUUGGGAUUAUUCCAGAUAGCUUUGAGACAGACAUUUUCUACAAUGUUCUGCUCUGUCUGGCUUCCAGGGCAAGAACCCACCUGUAUAUUGUAAAGGUUAGACUUUGAUAGGAGGAUACCAGUUUUUAGUUAGCUGGGGUUGGUCUCUAGAUCUCUUUUGAAACUCUUUGAUAUAAACAUUUAAGCACCAAAACAUUUCAUGUAUAGUCACCCACUCAGGGUAAGCAAAUAUGGGUAUGGGGGAUUCAGACAGUAGUCAGAGAUAACAGCAAUUAGUUGGCCCUGAGUCUCUCUCUCUCUCUCUGUCUCUCUGUCUCUCUGU